AAAUGUGGAAAACAAAUGCAGAGUCCUGCCGAUGUGAAACGGGAACACUAUAGAGGACUAAAAGGCAGAAGAACCGCAUCUCAAGAGGAUAGCAGGUCCUACGACCUAAACGAUUUUCAAUCGCAGAACCAAAGUAGCGACGCCGAGAGCAACCCCUAUAGCCAGUUUCAGAGCGCACAGUCGCCAAAUGAAAAGGAUGAGGACGUGGACGAUGAGGAAGAUUACUCGAUUUCCGUAUCGGCAAUAAUGCAAAGACGUGCCAGUGUGCGCGGACAUCGUGGUAAACGUGGCAGUCGCAAUUCACGUCGUGCAUCGAGUCCCAUGGAUCACGUUCUGGAUAGUGUGGAGCGGAGGCGCUCGAGUGUCUAUACGACAAGUUCAGAGGAGGGCACCAAUCAGGAGUCCACGCAAGAGCAAAUUUUUGAAAAUAUACGCCUACACAAAGAGGUUAUACAGUCGGUUAAGCUACAGCCAUGGCCCAUGCGGAAGAAACUGAAGUUGGUGCGGCAGGCAAAAACGUAUGUGGCACGCCACGAGGGCGCGCUGCAGGAGCGCUUUGCCAUGUCACGCAGCACGAGAGAUUUGUGGGCGAGGUUUAAAAUUUUAAUGGCAGCGCGCUGGCGGCACUGGAAACGCGAGACCGCCAGCUUCCUCACAGUGCUUAUACCCUGGGAGCUGCGCAUCAAGGAAAUCGAAUCGCAUUUCGGCUCUGGUGUUGCUUCCUACUUUACAUUUUUACGCUGGCUGAUGUGGGUGAACAUUGUGAUUGCCAUUCCACUGGUAGCCUUUGUCAUUGGACCGGAGUACUUUGCGACGAAGCAUGAUGAAACGGAUCCACGCAAGCGCAUGUCCGAUCCGGAAUAUAAGGUGGCUGGUAAUCUAUUCACCUUCUGGGAGUUUGAGGGCUACCUGAAAUACUCGCCAAUGUUUUAUGGCUAUUACUCGAGCACUUCCGGCAUAAGCACUUCCGGGUAUAAGCUGCCUUUGGCCUAUUUCCUGACAGCAGUGCUCGUUUAUAUCUACAGCUUUGUGGCCACACUGAGAAAAAUGGCCGAAAACUCGCGCAAUUCGAAACUUUCAUCGAAAGACGAUGAGUGCGUUUUUUCCUGGAAACUAUUCACCGGCUGGGACUUUAUGAUAGGCCAUGCGGAGACGGCACAUAAUCGCAUUGCCUCUGUUGUGGUUGGCUUCAAGGAGGCGCUGCUGGAGGAAGCCGAAAAGAAAAAGGAUAAUCGCAACUGGCGCGUCAUUUUGCAGCGCAUAUUGGUCAAUAUUUUGGUUAUGGGUCUGCUCGGCCUCUCAGGCGCCACUGUAGUGCUAUUGGUGAACCACUCUGAAGACCUGGCCAAGCACGACAAUUGGCUGAGUCGAAAUGCCGUGAACGUGACAAUGACGUUGCUUUCAUUUUUCUUGCCUAUGAUAUUCGAGGCGUUGGGCCUAUUCGAAAAUUGGCAUCCCAGGCAACAGUUGCGACUACAGCUGGCGCGCAUCAUGAUACUGAACAUGUUGAACUUGUAUUCGCUGAUGUUCUCAUUCAUCUACAAGAUCAACAGCAAAGAGAAGCCGCUGCAAAGGCUGAAGUUUGAGAACGAGACCAAUACCGCCGAGCUGCACAAUCUGUUGAGCUCUAUUGAGGCAUUGCGCGCUCUAACCACCACCACUUCCAGCUAUAGUGGUAGCACCCUGGACGAUGAAUCGUCGACAGCGCCCUGGGGCAGCAGUGCCGAGGGUACUUUCUUCGCCAGUACCGCAGCAACAUUCCUAUCAUCGACAUUGCAACGACUGAAAUGCUAUAACAUAACCAUAAAAUGCUCAAAACCCCGACGAAUAUUGAUCAACACUAAGAAUAUAGCGACCACAUUGAUGUUACUCAAUCUGACAACAACCACGAUGCUGCCCAGCACAACGAUGCCAACCACAACGACAAUGACAACAACCACUGAGGCCACCACAACAACGCCUUUGACAACGCUACCAACAACUUUAAGUACCACCACACCAUGGACCACAACAACGAGUACAACAACUAGCACGACUACGACAGCGACUACAACAACUACUCCUAUUCCAAGCACCACCACCACAACAACAACAACCACUCCAACACCUCCUCCAACAACGACGCCCACCACAACAGAAAUAGCAAGGACGACAACCACAACCACAGAGAAACCGUCCUUCUACACCACCCAAGAUGAUGAGGACUAUGACUAUAUCUCCAGCGAUAUAUCGAGCGAUGAUUACUCAUCAGCUUCCGCGUCCGAUACAGACGGAUCAACAACCACAGCACCUGGCAACGAUAGCUUCUUCAACUAUGACGACUACUCUGAUAGUGAGGGGCCCACAGUUGUAGAUGAGCUCAAAACAACCGCAAAGGAAUCAGAUGAUCCUUUGGCGAAGGUGCUAGCACAAGUGGAUGAGCCACAGUCGCGUAAGCGUCGAGCUUUGGAUGAAUCUCCACCAUUUUCGAUUCGCACCAGUAAGUACAGUCGACGACAUCGGAAUGAAACAGGCAGAGAGUUGGGUGCCGAAGCGACGACAGCUAAUCCCCCAAGGUGGCCAACAUACCGACCAGCACCACUCCCGCCGCCCACUGAUACCGCCAGGCACCCCUACAGACCACCACCAUAUAGACCCCAAACAUAUCGGCCACCAACAUACAGACCUCCAACGUACCGACCACCAACAUAUCGCCAGCCCACAAAUCAACCACCAACUUAUGGACCGGCAACGCGACCACCUUAUCGGCCAAAUCUUAGCACCUACAGAACACCCUAUAGUCCACCUACUUAUAGGUCACCUAACAGAUCCGUCUAUAGACCACGUCCCACUACUACCACCACAACCACGACGACUACGAAAUUGCCCGUUUCAUUAACGCCAAUUCUCAGCGAGACUGAGUGGAAUCGCUUGCUUAACCAGUUCAGAGUUUGGCGCACCACAUCGACAACCGAAGACUACACCACAGUAAGCACCACAGAAGAGGUCACAGAAGAAACCACCGGGUCCUCCACAGAGCCCAGCACUAUGGAGAGUAGCAGCAGCAGCAGCACAACAAACAGUCCUGAAUACGAUGACUAUUACUCUGAGCCGACCAGCACUCCCUACUUCAUAGGCUACGAUGACAUUGCCGAAAUCGGACGAACCAUUUACUAUGAUGCUGAUGAGGUGCACAAUCAGAAUUUUGAAAAUUGUGUCAUUACCAUGUGUUCAGAUGGAGCUGGAGAUCUGUUUGGCGGUGGAACCACCCCCAAUGGCCUGGACACAACUCUGACUGGCGGCGGAAAGGAUGUGGCUACAGCGAUGCUAACACCUCUGGAGCGCCAGCAGAGGCGCUUGAAAGAGGUGCAGCUAACAUUAAAGCAAAUACAAAUGAAUCUCACAACGAUGUGCUGGGAAACCUCACUUGGUCAGGAGCUAUCCAAGGUCAUCGUUUUCGAUGGGCUCAUGUCCAUUUUGGCGCCAUUGUGCAUAGACUUUCUGCGAGCGCUCUUUGUGCGGUAUGUCAAUCAAAACUGGUGCUGGGACAUGGAGAAGACAUUCCCACAGUAUGGCGACUUCAAGAUAGCCGAGAAUAUACUGACGUUGAUUAAUAACCAGGGUCAAGUGUGGAUGGGCAUUUUCUUUUCACCGGGCCUGGUGCUUAUCAAUCUGGUGAAAUUGAUGAUUAUGAUGUACUUCAGGUCAUGGAUUGUUUUGACUUGCAAUGUGCCCCACGAGGUUGUCUUCAAAGCCUCCAAGUCGAAUAACUUUUAUCUGUCAUUGCUGCUGACCAUGUUAUUCCUUUGCGUGCUGCCCGUUGGAUAUGCCAUAGUCUGGCUACGUCCCUCCUGGCACUGUGGACCCUUCUCGGAAUACAAUCGUAUUGCCGAGUUCAUAACCAACACCACGCGUAACGCCUUACCCAAACAAUUGCACGAACCGCUGGACUAUCUAACAUCCUCGAGCACCGUCAUACCACUACUGCUCCUCCUCAUACUAAUCAUUUACUAUCUCAUAUCGCUGACGGGUGCGCUGCGUGAGGCCAAUCAGGACUUGCGCACCCAACUGCAAAAGGAGCGCGAGGAGGAGCGCAAAAAGAUAUUCAAAGUGCCCGAGGUCAAGCAGGCGGAACCGACGGCCAGCACUCUGACAAAUCGCUGGCGCAAAGUCCUCGAGGCGUCGUCGCCUGUCACGCCCACACAGCAGCCAGAUUUUGAUGCCGAGGAGCAAAAGAAUCAAGCACGCAAAGAGCUCAUCUCACGUAUCAUGAAGAAGGCCUUGCGUAAGAGUUCCGCCACAUCUGAUGAAGACUCAUUUGUGCGACGUGACGACGAUGACACGGACACUGAGCACCAGGACUCGUUACCGCAUGACGAGGAGGCCAAGGACAAACGUUUCGGUUUGUCCCGACUCCAGCAAAUCCGACGCACUCGCAAACCCUCGCUUGUGGACAUUGUGCAGAUUGCCAAGCAGGAGCGAGCACGUAACGCUUCCAAUGCAGCACCAAACUCGGCGGACGCCACGAGUCCGGACACAGCCGGUAACUUUACCAUGAAGGAGCCGCAUCCAAAGAGUCGCUUCAAGGUGGAGCGACACAAUCGACAAAGUACAAAGGAGAAGAAGGACAAACGACCGCCAAGUUAUGAGGCGGCAGUUCCGAAACAGGAGAACAACGACCACGACCCGGAGACAAAUUCUCGUAUUGUUAGCGAACGUCGGGCAAGUUUGAUGCGCCGCAAACGCGAAGAGGGUGAUUCCAAGCCCACAACGCCAGAGGCACCGCAGACACCCAAAGAGGAGGAGAAAAAGGAGCAGCCAAAAGACACUGUUUUGAAAAUCUUGCCCAAGAGCGAGUUCCACAUAGUGGACGAGAAAAAAGCGCCACAGAACGAUGAUGAAGCCCCCAAAUCGCCUCAGCCGCAGCAAACCAAGCCCAGCUCUCCAGAUACAAUUGGCAUUGGCAAGUUCAAGUUUCGACGUCACCGAUCGAAGCACAUGCAUACCAAGCCAGAGGCAGAGGUUUUCAAAUUCGACGACAAAAGCGUGGGCAAGAGCAAAGCAUCUGAGGGGGCGGAUGUGCCCACAGAAACCAGUCCGGAUCACUUGAUCACUGAGACCACGGGCAGUGAGUCCCUUCCCUCGCCCACGCCCAGUCUGGCGCAUCAGCAUCAGCGACAAAUGAACGGCGAAAAGUUGGCGGCACUCUCCCGGCAGGGACGUAGGAAAAUCGGUUCACUGCUGGCGCUGGUGCGGGAGGCCGUCAACAUCAAGAAGGAUGACGUUGAACAGGGCUCGGAUGAGUCGCCGGGGCCGACAACACCCACAUAUCUGGCCUAUACCCCGCCACCACCACCUUCAGCAUUGUCCAGCCAGGGGAGCGCCACGGCUCUAGAAAUGCCACCCACGCCAGAGCCAGAGUCGCCCACGCCCAGCCUGCCGCUGCACUUUGGAAGUAGUGCGUCUUCAGGAGCGACAGCAAAGCGCUCAACGCCCGCACCCAUCCCAGCCCCAUCUGCCAGCAAACCCACGCUGGCUACUAUGGAUGAUUGUGCCUUAGAGGAACUGGAUUUGCCGGGUCCCAUCAAUUUUCCCAAGCGCAGUGCUUCGCAGCGGCGACGGGCAAUGCGCCAAGACUCCCAGAGCUCGGUGUGGUCCGAUAACAUUCCCACAAUUACCAUCAGCACCACCGGCAGUGAAGAGUGCAUUGUCGAGCCGGAAGCGUCAACCCAUAAUGGAUUGCCUGAACGUGCCGAAUCUUCGGGUCCGGUCGUCAAUGUCAUCAAAAUCGACCUGGAGGAUGACAGAAAGGAACACAAGAAAUAA